AUGUGUGGUAUACUAGGUGUUGUUUUGGGUAAUCAACAUAUAAAUGUCGCCCCAGAGUUAUUCGAAGGAGCCAUGUUCUUGCAACAUCGUGGUCAAGAUGCCGCUGGUAUUGCCACGUGUGGUUCCAAAGGACGGUUGUACCAGUGCAAAGGAAAUGGUAUGGCUCGUGAUGUUUUCACUCAACAAAGAAUGCAGAAUCUUAUUGGAAAUAUGGGAAUUUGCCAUUUACGUUAUCCAACUGCUGGGUCGAGUGCUGGAUCAGAAGCUCAACCAUUUUAUGUCAAUAGUCCCUAUGGUAUUUCAUUAAGUCAUAAUGGAAAUUUAGUCAACUCUAUUGAGUUGAGAAAGCAUUUGGAUGAAGUUGUCCAUCGUCACAUUAAUACCGAUUCCGAUUCGGAAUUGUUGUUGAAUAUUUUUGCUUCGGAGUUGGAUAAAUUCAACAAGAGUAGAGUCAAUAAUGCCGACUUGUUUACUGCAUUGACGGAAACUAUGAAGAGAAUCAGAGGCGCUUAUGCUUGCGUUGCGAUGUUGGCAGGAUACGGUCUUAUUGGAUUCAGAGAUCCUAAUGGAAUCAGACCAUUGUUGAUUGGUGAGCGUGUUAAUCAUGAUGGCACCAAAGAUUUCAUGUUGUCUUCUGAAAGUGUUGUUUUGAAAUCUCAUGGGUUUAAGAAGUUUCGUGAUGUACGUCCUGGUGAAGCUGUGAUUAUUCAAAAAAAUGGUGAGCCUGAAUUUAAACAAGUGGUUGAGCCAAAGAUUUUUGCUCCUGAUAUUUUUGAAUACGUUUAUUUCGCUAGACCCGAUUCGGUCUUGGAUGGUGUUUCCGUGUACAGGUCAAGAAUUGAAAUGGGAAUCAAGUUGGCCAAUAAGAUCAAACGAGUCAUGGAUGAAAAUGACAUUGAUGUUGUCAUUUCUGUUCCUGAUACUGCCAGAACUAGUGCCUUCCAAUGUGCAGUGAGCUUGGGGAAACCAUAUCGUGAAGGGUUUGUUAAGAACAGGUAUAUUGGUAGGACAUUUAUCAUGCCUAACCAACAAGAAAGACGCUCUUCAGUGAGACGGAAAUUGAAUGCAAUGGAAUCAGAGUUUCAAAAUAAAAAUGUGCUCAUUGUUGAUGAUUCGAUAGUUCGAGGCACAACAUCAAAGGAAAUUGUUUUGAUGGCAAGAGAGGCUGGUGCUAAGAAAGUAUACUUUGCAUCGUGUGCUCCACCUAUUAGAUACAACCACAUCUAUGGUAUUGAUUUGGCUGAUACCAAGGCUCUUGUUGGUUUCAACCGUAGUGAAGAAGAAAUUUCCGAAGUAAUUGGAUCAGACAAGGUGAUUUACCAAGAUUUACAUGAUUUGGUUGAUUGUUGUAAAUCAGAUAAAAUUAAAGAAUUUGAAGUUGGUGUAUUUACCGGAGAAUACAUUACUGGUGUUGAAGAUAAUUAUUUGCAAGAAUUGGAAAAGAUUAGAGCCCAGAAUCAGCGAUUGACUGAAUUGCAAAAUGGUACUGCAUUGAAGGGGUUUAGUGUCGAUGCAUGUAUUGAUCAAGGCGAUAUGGUUGAUGUUAAGGCUGAGGUUGAUAUAAGUAUUUACAACCGUGGUGAUUACUAG